AUGGACAUUUCUGAGGAGGCAAAUGACAAAAAGACAGCAGAGCAGAGUUUGUUCUCCACCGUCGUAUCAGAUGAGGAGCUGGAAGAAGCCAGAAGAAAAAGCGCCUUCAAGCAGCUCUUCGGCUCCAGAAGAAUCUUUCUGCCGCCUGCAGAGAAACGGCAGCAACGACCAGAACUUCAGAGGAACGUCAUCGUCCAGAGCAAGGCUGCAGAACACUACAGAAGCGGAACCGAGGCGAUGGGAAGGCGUCAGUAUGAGAAGGCCGCGGUCUGCUUCACCAAAGCGCUCAAUCUGCAGCCGGAGCAGACCCAGCUGUACGUGAGCCGGGCCGAGGCCUACCUGCAGCUCUGUGACUUCCAGUCAGCAGCAGCUUCCUACAAACGGGCCUGGAUCCUGCAGCCCGGAGCUUUCAGCCGCCGCCUGGCCUUCAUCUACUACCUGCAGGGUCAGUGUUUGUUCGAUGGAGGUCUGUUCCUCGAAGCCCUGGAGGCGUUUAGCAAAGCUGCUGAGGUGAAGCCCGACUGCAGAGUUUACCAAGUCAGAAGCCUGGCCUGUCUGACGGCUGCAGGUCGUCACUCCGACUGCCUGAAGCUGCUCGACGGCUGGAUGACGUCAGGAAGUCCCACCGCUGAGCUUCACGUCCUCCGAGCCCGACUGCACAAACGGCUUCAGCAGACGUCUCGCUGCCAUCAGGACGUGACGGCGGCGUUGGCGUUGGACCCUUCGUGUUUGGCGGCUCGAGUUCUGCUGCAGCAGCUGCGUGAAGCCAGCGAGGAGGCCCGACUGGAGGCCGUGGACAGAACCGUGAGCGGCCGGCUGCCCGAAGCCCUCUGCAUGAUCAACGUGGCUCUGGAGAGCAGCCCUCAGGACGCCCGACUCUACCUGUUCAGAGGGAUUCUGUACCGACGUCUGAAGGACUUCACAGCCGCCAUCGAGGACCUGGUUCAGGCUGCAGAGCUGAGCGACGAGGAGGAGGAGGAUCAGGAGGAGGUCAGAGGUCAGGGGAAGGAGGCCGUUCGUCGGGAGGCGGAGCUCCAGCUGGUCCUCACCUACAACGACUUUGCCGUCCAGUGCUUCGGCCGAGGUCUUUACUCGGAGGCCGCUCUGCUGCUCAACAAGGCCAUCGAGGAGGAGAAGAGCCGGCCGGGACUCUACCUGAACAGAGGAGACUGUUUCUUCAAACAGGGCGACUGGUGCUUUGCUCUGGCCGACUACCAGCAGGCCGAGGAGAUGCUGGCACCCGACGACCCGGCGGUCCGACUCCGACUCGCCGUCGUCCACAACACUCUGGGCCGCCUCUGUUUCCAGGACGGACGCUUCCAGGAGGCGGCCGACAUGUUCUCUGCUGCCAUCCGCUACAACCCGGCGGUCGGCCGCUACUACGAGAGCAGGUCUAAGGCCUUCAGGAAGCUGAUGAGCUGGACGUCAGCCAGGCAGGACUUCAUCUGCAUGCUGGUCCUGGACCCCGACAGCCAGGAGGUUCCUCCGAUGCUCAUGAGUCUGUUUCCAGGCUUCAGCGUCUCCGAUGUUCUGUCCAGUCCCAAAGGAGAAGAAAUCAGAGCUCAGCUGAUGGACUCAAUCCAGGAAUGGAGGUCAUCCUCAGACCCACAGAGACUGAGUGGGAAGCUGCAGCAGAUGAAUGUGACCGAUGAGGACGCCGAGGGCCACCCAAAGGAGCUGAAGCUGUGUUUGAACCAGGAGGACCUGCAGAUAACCGUCAAGAGCCUCCUGCAGGUCGAGGGAACGCUUCAGUCUUUAGUCCGUGACCGUCCAGCGUUGCACCAAAGUGGACCGGACCGCGCCAUAAACCACCUCCCACCGUCCACCAGUCGGGCCUCAAACACCAGAGGAGGAAACAGCUGCUUGGAACCCACACGGCAGAAGUAA